AUGAACACAUUGUCACCUAGUCAGCAAGAACCUCCCAAAGUUGUCAUAACGCGGUCUAUACUUGCCGCGCCUCAACGUUGCGCGAUACACCUCCUUCCCAUUGCCGUGUCAUCUACAGUUAUUGGACUGAACAUCAAGGGCACAUAUCUAGGAGCGGACAUGAUGUCUCCAUUCCCAUCCGAGACUAUAAACCUGGCACUCUUCCAGUUAGCUGCCAAAGCUCAUGAGAUAAUGAUCGUUGCAAGCUUGAGUGUAACUAUUCUACACUGUGUCCGCCAUGAAUUGCUCUUCGGCCGUGGCCUCCCCUUGGGUUUCUUGGGAUCAGGGCUUGCGUUCAACAACUUCGGAUAUUUUUUCUCCAGAGAAUUUUAUGGUGGUUUAAGAUAUGUGGCUAUUCACGGCGAGAGAUCACGCAAGGCUGCACUGAUAAGUCUUGUGGUCGUGGCAGGCCUGCUAGUUACUCUUGCUGGGCCAGCGAGUGCUGUUCUCCUGGUUCCAAAAUCACAACCCUGGAGCGCCGGAGAUACUGAGUUCUUCUUGAACGGAUCAGAGAGCGAUUAUUGGCCUGCUGACUUGUCGAAAGAGAUCCCAGACCUCGAACAACUCUGCAGUGAGCAAAACUCGACUCUUCUGGGAUUCUGCCCGGCGGGUGGAUUUCACUCGUUGUGGACUCACUGGGGGACGAUGAACAGCACCACUUUCCAAACCCAGAAUGUCCGCUCCUAUGCAAAGGAACUUUCCGGGUCCCGGUUCUACUGGCCAGUCUCCAGCCCCCUGUCUCUAAUCCCACCUCUAUAUUCACUGGGGAACAUUCAGCAAGAGCCAAAUAGAAGAACAUCGCUGAUACAGCCGCAUGCAGCAACCGUGGUGAUGCUACAGCGGCUUGCGGAAGAUUGGUGGCGGGCCUUCAGUGUACAUAAAGGUCUUUCGCAGAGUCAAAUUGAUGAUCGUACUGCUUCGGCUACCUUCAAACAUGCUAUCACUGUCGCCCGUUGUGCAGCGCCACGAAAGCUACGAGCCUCAGACACCACAGUGUAUUUUCCUUCAAUACAUGGUCGGUUUGACUUUGCCGAUAGCCUACCACUCGACGUGGAUAGUCUUAAUUCCACUCCCAAUGGCCACCUGCAAUUUCAAUGGGCUCAUCUUCCGCCCAGAUUUGGUGCUGCUAGCAUUGGGGGACUAUUCCAGACCCCCUGGAAAGCCACUAAGGGGGGUAGCGUCUCUAGAAUAGCAAUCGGUUGUACAGUACAGGCUGGGUGGGUUCCUGCAACGGUCUUCACUGACAAGUACACUUUCUGGACCGGCUGGUAUCCGUGGAAUAUCCAGUAUGACGAUCGUUCUCCCGCAUGGAAUCCGACUUCUUACAGCGCAACCAAUGGCCGAGUUGCAUUCGGUGAUGAGUGGCUCAAGUUAUUGACUCCUCCAAGCCCCCUUACAGUGACUGAUACUGCCAGCACUUGGCGGCCAUCGACCAUCGAAAGCAUCUUUUCAAAUGCAGGCUUGGCAACUGAUGCAAAGGCCGAUGAGAUAACUCUCGAUGGUUGGCUUGUCAACGAUGUUUCAAGCUGGCAGAGGGUCUCUCUAGUGGAGGCCAUUGUCUGCAGUGUCAUUCUCGAUGGCCUCAGCCGAACGGGAAGCCAUCAAGUGUUCAUCGAAGACAGAGUGGCGAUUCAACCUUCGACUACCACCGCCUCCACCCCCAGCGAAUCAGUGACGAUCACAGCAGAAUUCAAGAUAAGCGGCUUUUCACUUCAGAGCUCUCUUGCUGGUACUCUCGCCAUGUCAGUCCUCUUUACUCACAUGGCGAUUGCUAUUGGCCACAUCAUCUACCUCAUCCUUAAAAGACACACGCCGGGUAGCUGUAGUUCAGUGGGUGAGCUCAUUGCUCUGGCGCAAAAUUCACCGCCAGCGUCUGAAGUUCUAACAAAUACUGGAGGAGGAAUAAAGAGCUCGAAGACCUACGCUCACCUAGCAAGGAUUCGUGUGGCGAAGGCUUCUGACUCCUGUGGGCAAGACCGCAUUGAACUAGUCUUCAAAACGCACACGCCCUCUGCUGAACUCCGCGGCGAUUCUUCUGGGACUGAAUUAGUUGACCUGCAUACCAGCUUGCUCAAUCACUCGUCCACACGGCAAAGUCAGCAUCAUACAAGCAGGAACACCUCACCAUCUACACAGGAUAGUAUUUGGGGUUUAUCACAUUCUACUGAGUGGUUGGUCUUUGACAGUCGUCGCGUGGCGAGUGUGACUACAGCUCGCGUGCAACCUGAGCGCUCGUACGCUUGA